GCAAACACCACCGACCAAUCAAAGGAAGGAACAACAACGAGCAUGUGGUUGCGGCGUGUUGCUCUGGCGUGUGGUGAUGGUGGUAGUGUUGGUCGUGUUGGUGGGUUGAGGCUGCGAGGCGCGGUAGCGCGGUUGUCGGUGACAAGCCGCGUUGGCACGAAAGCGUCCUCUUCCGACGCCGAGCAGAAGAAAGCCUGGAAGGCGGACGCCAUCCGCCAGCAGAUGGCCCAGCAUGCAACAGACACAUCUAGCAUGACUGUCGUGCAGGGCAAGCCAGGCGUGUGCGUGCUCGGCAGGCCUGUUGGACCGCUCGCCAUGAACCAGUAUCUCGUGUUCUGCGAGGACACGAAGGAAGCUGCCAUUGUGGACUCUGGCACGGACACCAUGCCAGACUUUCUCGACAUCAUCAAGAACGAACAACUGGACGUCAAGUAUUUGUUGCAGACGCAUGCGCAUCCCGACCACGUAGCAGGUCUCGCCGUCACCAAGCGCCAGUUCCCAGCUGCCAAGGUUGUCAUGCACGAGAAGGAGCUUCCUGUUGCAGCUGCGGCCCCACAGUUUGGACAAGCAUUUGGGCUCUCGAUCGAGCCUCUGCCUGAGCCAGAUUUGCUACUUGAUGACAACGCGACCAUCACCAUUGGCAAUCUCACAUUCCGUGCUUUGCACACACCAGGCCACUGCCCAGGCCAUCUGUGCUUCUACGAAGAGGAGAAAGGAAUUCUCUUCAGCGGAGACCUCCUCUUCAAGGGAACAGUCGGCAGGACAGACUUGCCCGGUUCAGCGCAGGCGGAUAUGAAGGCAAGUCUGCAGCGUCUCGUGGAGGUGGUGCGGUCGUCCGAUAUCGAUGAGAGCGAUACACACAUCUUCCCGGGCCACAUGGAGCCAACCACCAUGCGCUUUGAGCUGCGCGUCAAUCCCUUUCUGCAGAUGAUGAAGCGGGCUGCCAGGAAACAGUAGCCUGCCAACACAUGCAACACAUGCAAUAGUGUCCAGCCCACAAUGG